ACCAAGCAAAAGGAGGAAGGAAAGAGCUUUGCAACCCAUCCCCAUAGCUGAAAAUUCGAGCUCAACCUAAGGGAGUCCAAGGAGGAAGAUAAAAGAAGGAAAAAGUUGGGAAAAGUGUGAUUAAUUAAGGCACUUGUAAAGGGUAUUUCAAGUGAUUUCACAAAGUUGGAAAAGUCGCCGGAAUUAUCGCCGGAGUUGACCAAAAGUCGCCGGAGUUUCACCGGAGUUCAACCAAGAAGGGUAGAACUUCAUAACACUAGUUCAAGGUUGAAGCUAGGGCUUGCUACUUGCACCUUCUCACGGGUGAUAUCAGAUCAGGAAGACGUGAAAUGGAGGGCAGACGAAUGGGGACCAGGAACAAUCCGAGGGGGCAGGCGCCGGUAGCAUCCCAAAAGGGAAGCCGGGCUGCAUCUCGGGGUUCGAGAGGAGGCCGUGGAGGCCGUGGAAGCCGUGGAGGUCAUCAGGCUCAAACUGUGAGUGAUGGCCAUGUGAGCUCGGUGUAUGAAACCAACACCGAAGACUAUGACUCAACCUACGUGCCAGAGACGGAGCAUGAAGAGACCCCGUAUGAUGGGGGUGACACAUACACCGAUGAUGAUGAUGAAGAGAGUGAUGCCAAGUUCGCCCAAGCGAGGCGUGGCUCUCGUGGAGGUUCGGGUCAAGGAAGCCGGGGAGCUUCCGUGGCCACCCCAGCGGCGUCACAUGAUGGGCGUGAAGGAGGUUUUUGUGUGAGAAUCUCCAAGUACCUCAAGGAGGCUAGGGCCUUGGGAUGUAAGUCCUUUGACGGCACCGGUGACAUUACCGUUGCCGCCGAUUGGAUAAAGAAGGUGAAGGAUGCGGCAAAGGACAUGCAAAUUUCACCGGACGUGAAGUUGACUGUUGCUUCACGGCUGCUUGAGGGGAUAGCUUCCACAUGGUGGGAGAGUGUAGAAGGGAAAUACCAUGGGGAGGUCUCAUGGUUAAAUUUUGAGCAGGAAUUCUAUGACCAAUACUACACUGACUACGAGAAAAAUGUCAAGCGUAGGGAGUACACCAACCUCAAACAGAAGGAGGGUGUUUCUGUUAAACAGUUGGAGCAAGAUUUUAGAACCUUGGCUAGGUUCUUACCGGAGUACGCGAUUAAUGAGGACCGCAUGUCGGAGCAUUUUUGGGAUGCCUUACUCUUGGACAUCCGUGAUCGGGCUACGUACUCGCGCCACAUGACCUUUAGCGAGGUGGUGGAGCAGGGCCUUCUUGGGGAGGCCCAAUGGAAUGAGAGAAAAGAAAGGGACGCCGAGGAGGCGAAAAAGAGAAAAUGGCAUAGUUCGGGGCCGCCCGAACAAGCACGAAAGAAUAACCAAGGUGGGGGUGGUGGUACGUUUAAAACGCCGGCACCACCGGCGAAGAAGAACAAGGAUGCUCGGUGGCACGCAUCCUCCUCUCAAAAUACGGGGCCUCCUAAGUGUGCCAACUGUUCAAAGAAUCACUUCGGGAGGUGCAACGCACCCCCGAGGUGUUAUCGAUGUGGGAACACGGGCCACAUGAAGGCCAAUUGCCCACAAUUGGGGGGAGGAGGAGCUCCGGGAUCCGGAGGAGGAACCAUGACGGGAAGAAACCGUGCGGGCCCGUCAAACGGCGGUACCAGAAGAGGCGGCGCGUCCACAAGUCAUGCCGCGUCCGUAAAUCAAGGCGGGACCCAAGCACGGGUGUACACAAUGACCGAGGCGGAUGCGCGAGCAAACCCGUACUCCGUUGCAGGUUGAAGCUAGGGCUUGCUACUUGCACCUUCUCACGGGUGAUAUCAGAUCAGGAAGACGUGGUUCGUGCUUCCUUAUUUUCUUUCAAACUACCGAACACUUGCUCAUGGAUAUUUGUUUUGCUAUAAACUAUUUUUGGGGCUUGCAUGCCCAUGUUGUUGGCCGGAUGUGGCUCAUGACUUACCGUUGAAUAUUUCCG